AUGGCGACCGACCGCUGCUCGCGCGUUGCCGUCUGUGCGGCGCUCUUCUUCUUCUCUGGUGGCCUGUACUGGCUAUGCGCGCCGCCUCGAUGCUCGCAGCAGCCACUGGCGGCGCUCCGGGACCUGGCCGGCAUACGGCCGCGACCGCACUCCUCGCGCCUGAUCGCGGCGCCGAGCAGUGUGUGCUCGCCGCCGGCGCGGCUGCGGCUCCUGGUUGGCAUCAUCACGGCGCCUUUGAACCGCGACCGCCGCGUCUGGAUCCGCCAGAAGCUGCGCAUCUCCGAGGCGCGCUGCCGGGGCGUGCGCGUGAUCUUCGUCCUCGGGUCGCGGCGGCGAGGCGUUGCUGCGGCCGACGCCGCGGCGCUGAAGGAGGAGAUGCGGAAUCACGGCGACCUUCUCACCGUCCCGGCGCGCGACUACCUGCCGCACGCUGUCGCCGAAAAGUCGAUCUCCUGGUGGGAGCGCGCCGUCGCGCGGCGCGGGGAGGCGGGGUGGGAGGCGGACUGGGUGGCCAAGUGGGACGACGACUCGCUCCCUUCGCUGCGCCGCAUCGAGGCCGACCUGGCGCGGAUGGAGGCUAUGCGGCGCUCGCACUACUACUACGGCGUGAUGACGUGGCGCGCGUGGCGCCCCCUCUCCCCGGUGCCCGACGGCGUGUGCGGCGCGCGCGGCGACGACGGCCCGACUCCUGGCGGCGCCGGGCCCACGCUGCAGUCGCUGCUGGCGCAGGUCCUCUCGUCGGACUUGGUGCGCGCCUUCGCCGCCUCGCCGCUCGCCAAGAACUUCAGCGCCACGCUGCGCGCUAAGCAGCGGCCUCCGUUCUGGACGCAUGAGGACGCGGCCACGGGGUACCUCAUAUUCCACAACGCGAUCCUGCAGCAGUUGCCUGUCACGUACGUCGCCCUCUCCCCCUGGCGGCACAACAAGUACUGGUUCAACUGGUUCCCGCCGAAGCGGCCGGGCAUCCCCGACGCGCACGUGAUCACGCCUCUGAUGGCCACCGCCACCGCCGACGCAUACGACAACUUCACCGACCCGGACGACCCGAUUGGCUGCGCCCAGUGCGCCGAGGCGUGGGGCUGGAGCUGCUGCUUCUCGACGCCCGCCGGGCGAGUGCCGAUCGAGCGGUUUGGCUGCUGCAACAAGCGCGCGCCCCGAUGA